UUGAGCUGAUAUGAAUUUUAACUGAGUUUUGAAAAUUUUGCAUCUAAUCAAAGAUUAAUGCAUAAUUUAUUCUAGUUAGCUUGAAUUUUCAGCAAUCAUAUUAUCUUAUGAGUUAUAUGAGAAAUUAGGAGAAGUUAUGAGAAAUUCAUUAUAUUAUGAGUUAUAUGCCUUCUUAUCAGUUUUUUUCUUUUAAAAAUGUAUAAUUGUCUUAAUUUUUUGGUUUGUUAAGUGUUCAAUGCUUGCAUGUUUUAAAAUUAUUUUUUUACCUCUAUGUAAUUUUUUUUAAAGUUUUAUGUCAGUUAUAGUUUUGUUACUGACCAAUUUUUAGAUAAUUUCAUGUUAUAUUAAUUUUCAUGUCUUCUGGAAAUGUGGAUUCAUUAAGGCUGUUUUUGUAAUAUGCUUCUUUGCUAUUUUUAUAACCCGUGAGCUUGCAUCUGUUACUUGGGACACUAUUAGGUCAAGUUUAGCCUAUGUAAAGUCUACUCUUAUUUUGAAAAUGGUGCAAAACAUCAAUAUGGAGAAAAGCCACAGUUUUGUGAAAAUGAAAAGCGUUUGGUUUAUUGUUUUAAUAUUUAAAAACUUACUCCAAUGCUGCAUUACUUCAGUGCAUAAAAAUGUGCAAAAACUGAGAGUAAGGCAGUGAUUUUGAUUAAAUUUCAUCUAAGUGAAAAAAUGUUGCCAAAUUGGCGAAUUUGAAAGAAGUUUAAUGACUUAUAAAAUAUUUAAGUUAUUUGUCUGUUCUAAAGCCCAGAUACUUCUUCACAGCAAGAUCAUAUAUAGUUUAAAAUCACUGCAGUGCUUCAACUGUAAUGCCCUUAAACUAUGGCAUUUUUAAAUUUUCCUUGGCGCCAGACCUUCGAAAAAAAAAGUUUUUUUUUCUAAUGUUAUUUUGUACGGUGUUAUUUUCAAAGGUUAAAGGCUAUUGCAUGGUAUUCCCUAAACUGGUGUUUUUUUUAGGCUGAGAGUCAUUGUUGGGUACUUCCUACAUUGUUUUUUUAAGGUUGGGGCUCAUUGCGAGUAUUUCCUACACUGAUGUUUUAAAGCACAAUUCCUUUAUAAAGUUGGGGGCCAUUACUAGAUUGUAUUUUUUUAUGGUUGGUUGUCAUUACCUGGAUAAUAAUGUGCAUUGUAGAGCUUCAGAUGAUAAUCACUUAGAAUGAAUUAGACUUAGUUUUAGGCUGUGUCUAGUCAAUUCUGGAGGAUUUUUGAAUUCUAGUGAAUCAAUUGAGGGUGGGAAUGUUGGAGAUUCUUUGCCUUUUACUGAAUAGGAUUGGUAAUCCCUAACUUUCUAACUAGUUAAACCUAGGUUUAUCUUUCAUUCUUACUUUAUCAGUAACAUAUUUAUUUAUUUCAAGUCCAUAGAAUUUUAUUCAUUUAAUUUUUCCAAUUUUAUAUUGCAUUUUCAGAAAUUUUAUAAAUAAUUACGGAGGAUAUUUUCAACUACACAUUUAAAAAGAUUUGUCAUUUUUAAAGCAAUGGUGGAACUGUUUUGUUAGGAGGUAGAUUACAUUUAUGUCCUUAUUGCUCUUAUUCCUCUCCUGUUAAGUCAAAUCGUAACAGACACAUAUUGAUUCAUACUGGCGAGCGUCCAUUUUGCUGUACAAUAUGUUCCAAGGGUUUUACAGAGAAAAGUAAUUUGCAAGUUCAUAUGCUGAAUCAUACUGGAGAAAGACCCUAUAGAUGCAGGCUAUGCCCUAAGGGAUUCACUCGAAAAGAUGUUCUCAAAGCACACAUGAUUGUUCAUUCUAAUCAAAAUGUAAAACGGAGGAAAUCUUAUUGUGGAGCCUCAGCUUCCAUGACCAGUAACUGCAAGAGUGCUUUAAAUUUUAGUGACAGUAACCCGAAGAAAAUAAAAACAUUUACUUGUUCUUUGUGUGCCUAUUCCUCUCUAUAUAAACAGAAUUAUCAGAGACAUAUGCUAAGUCAUGCUGGUGACAGUAACCUGAAGAAAAUAAAAACACUUACUUGUUCUUUGUGUGCCUAUUCCUCUCGGAAUGGUUUGUCUGUCUAUUUUGUAGGUAUUGGACUAUAUACCCCAAUUGAAGGAGAAACCACCUCACAUAAAUGUGCCCAUUGUACAUAUGUAUCUGCUUUCAAAUCUAACUUGACACGCCACGUGCUGCGAGUUCACGCGGGUGUUCGUCCUUACGUCUGUGAUGUGUGCGGGAAAUCUUUCACUGCAAAUCAGCACUUGAAAGCACAUUAUUUGAUACAUACUGGAGAGUAUCCAUUCCGUUGUGAAGUUUGUCAGAAAAGAUUACGCACCAAACACAGUUAUAACAAUCAUUUGUUAUCUCAGCAUCAAAUACAGAAUGUACUCACCCGAGUGGGGAUAUCUGCUGUGCAAAUAGGAGUAGUCACAUUGUACAGAUGCAACUUUUGUACAUAUAAAUCGAAUUUUAAAGGAAAUCUUCUGCGCCAUAUGCGAUCUCAUACCGGUGAACGUCCCUUCCAAUGUGGUCUGUGUGGAAAAUCUUUUAUCGUAAAACACCACUUAAAAGCACAUUUUUUGACUCACAAGUUACCAAGUAUCAGGGAAAGGACCAACUUCCAAGAUAAGGAAACAGAUCAAUGUGUACAAGUGCUCUUGUUGCUCUUACAAGUCUAAUCAUAAAGGAAACGUGAUGCGUCACAUGAGAUUUCAUACUGAUGAACGUCCUUUCUCUUGUG